GACGGAGCUGCAAAUAUGAGUGCUGAGGGGUACCAGUACAGAGCCCUGUAUGACUACAAGAAGGAGCGAGAAGAGGACAUCGACCUGCGCCUGGGGGACAUACUGACUGUGAAUAAAGGGUCCUUAGUGGCGCUUGGAUUCACUGAUGGACAGGAAGCCCGGCCCGAAGACAUUGGUUGGUUAAAUGGUUACAAUGAGACCACCGGGGAGAGGGGAGACUUUCCAGGAACUUACGUUGAGUAUAUUGGAAGGAAAAGAAUUUCCCCUCCCACUCCGAAGCCCCGGCCCCCUCGACCUCUUCCUGUUGCGCCAGGUUCUUCAAAAACUGAAGCAGACACUGAGCAACCAGCUUUGACCCUUCCCGAUCUGGCUGAGCAAUUCGCCCCUCCUGAUGUUGCCCCGCCUCUCCUUAUCAAGCUCCUAGAAGCCAUUGAGAAGAAAGGACUGGAAUGUUCGACUCUCUACAGAACACAGAGCUCCAGCAACCCUGCAGAACUACGACAGCUUCUUGAUUGUGAUGCCGCCUCAGUGGACUUGGAAAUGAUUGAUGUACAAGUUUUAGCAGAUGCUUUCAAACGCUAUCUCUUGGACUUACCAAAUCCUGUCAUUCCAGUAGCUGUUUACAAUGAAAUGAUGUCUUUGGCCCAAGAAGUACAAAGCUCUGAAGACUACAUCCAGCUGUUGAAGAAGCUCAUUAGGUCGCCUAAUAUACCUCAUCAGUAUUGGCUUACGCUUCAGUAUUUACUUAAGCAUUUCUUCAAGCUCUCUCAAGCCUCCAGCAAAAAUCUUCUGAAUGCAAGAGUCCUCUCUGAAAUUUUCAGCCCUGUGCUUUUCAGAUUUCCAGCAUCCAGCUCUGAUAAUACUGAACACCUCAUAAAAGUGAUAGAGAUUUUAAUCUCAACUGAAUGGAAUGAACGACAGCCAGCACCAGCACUGCCUCCGAAGCCACCCAAGCCCGCCACUGUGGCCAACAACAGCAUGAACAACAAUAUGUCCUUACAGGAUGCCGAAUGGUACUGGGGAGAUAUCUCGAGGGAAGAAGUGAAUGAAAAACUCCGAGAUACAGCUGAUGGGACCUUUUUGGUACGAGAUGCAUCCACUAAAAUGCACGGCGAUUAUACUCUUACACUAAGGAAAGGAGGAAAUAACAAAUUAAUCAAAAUAUUUCACCGAGAUGGAAAAUAUGGCUUCUCUGAUCCAUUAACUUUCAACUCUGUGGUUGAACUGAUAAACCACUACCGGAAUGAGUCCCUAGCUCAGUAUAACCCCAAGCUGGAUGUGAAGUUACUCUACCCAGUGUCCAAAUACCAGCAGGAUCAAGUUGUCAAAGAAGAUAAUAUUGAAGCUGUAGGGAAGAAAUUACAUGAAUAUAAUACUCAAUUUCAAGAAAAAAGUCGGGAAUAUGAUAGAUUAUAUGAGGAAUACACCCGUACUUCCCAGGAAAUUCAAAUGAAAAGAACAGCUAUUGAAGCAUUUAAUGAAACCAUAAAAAUAUUUGAAGAACAGUGCCAAACCCAGGAGCGGUACAGCAAAGAAUACAUAGAAAAGUUUAAACGUGAAGGCAACGAGAAAGAAAUUCAAAGGAUUAUGCAUAAUUACGAUAAGCUAAAGUCUCGCAUCAGUGAGAUCAUUGACAGUAGGAGGAGAUUGGAGGAAGACUUGAAGAAGCAGGCAGCUGAGUAUCGUGAGAUUGACAAGCGCAUGAACAGCAUUAAGCCAGACCUCAUUCAGCUGAGAAAGACAAGAGACCAAUACUUGAUGUGGCUGACACAGAAAGGUGUUCGGCAGAAGAAGUUGAACGAGUGGUUAGGAAACGAAAACACGGAAGACCAAUACUCACUGGUAGAAGAUGAUGAGGACUUGCCCCACCAUGACGAGAAGACGUGGAAUGUUGGAAGUAGCAACCGGAACAAAGCCGAGAAUCUAUUACGAGGGAAGCGAGAUGGCACUUUUCUGGUCCGGGAGAGCAGUAAGCAGGGCUGUUAUGCCUGCUCUGUAGUGGUAGACGGCGAAGUCAAGCAUUGUGUUAUCAACAAGACUGCCACCGGCUAUGGCUUUGCCGAACCCUACAACCUGUACAGCUCCCUGAAGGAGCUGGUGCUACAUUAUCAACACACCUCCCUUGUGCAGCACAAUGACUCCCUCAACGUCACACUAGCAUACCCAGUAUAUGCACAACAGAGGCGAUGAAGCGCGCUGCUGCCCUCGGAUCCAGUUCCUCACCUUCAAGCCACCCAAGGCCUCUGGGAAGCCAAGGGCUCCUCUCCAGCCCGACCUGUGAACUGAGCUGCAGAAAUGAAGCCGGCUGUCUGCACGUGGGACUAGAGCUUUCUUGGACAAAAAGAAGUUGGGGAAGACACGGCAGCCUAGGGCUGUUGGAUGACUAGACGUUUCUAACCUUAUCCUUUUUCUUUUUUUUUU